AGCCGUGGUGCAGGAACACGCACACACGAAAAUCGUGUGUCGUUGCCACGGACCAACAAGGUGUAUCACGCCACUUGAGGAGAAUUGGUGUACGUACACGGUCGUGGUUCUUCGUGGUCAAGGACGCUGGGAGACAGGGUCCCCCGCGUAGGGUGCGCGGGGGUCCCUGGGCGAUCGAGUAGGUAUAUAUGGACGUCCCCGCGCGUUCGGAAUACCAGAUUCAUGCAAGUUAGCCCUCCCCGCGAGGCGGGUGGUGUGCUUUGAAAAAUUCAUCGCGAACGACCUGGAGGCGAGUCGGUGGAGGUUGUCCGGAGGGGCCCGCUCGCGGCUUCUCAAUCAUAUCGGUCAGUGCAGCGGAAUCCACUGCCAUUCACGCUUCUUCGGAUCGGCCAGCUAUCGGAGACCGUUCCAGCAAACUCGGCACUUUUUCUAUCGGAGGAGACCCCUCUGUUCUUCGCCAAGCAGUUAUGACUCCUUGGCUCAUUCUGUUCCUCGUGGCCUGGACGGCCGCAGGACCGCCCUACUGGAUAUCGAUACCUGAUGUACUGCAACCACCGCCGUUGGACACCGUGGAGAGGGGAGCGGAGAUGAUCAGCGGGCCAUCGUUCCAACGAGGCGCCGUGGAGAGCCCUCCGAUGAAGGAUUCCUCCGUGACGCACGCCGAAUACGGAUCGGAGAGGUUCCCCCUGCGCGACGCGGUCGAAGCGUUGCCUUCGUCCACGAAUCAAAUCGUCAGCCAACCUCUGCGAGAUCUCUCACAUGGCCGAGUCCCCCUGAGAGACGCUGUGGAGCAUCGAGAAGCUCCCUUCAUCGGCAACUUCGACCACGAGUCCAUUUGGAUCGAGCCACUGGCUCCACCGACUUUAACAAGGACCGAGCAGAUCGUCAAUCCGAAGGUGGUGUGUCAUCUGGACUCCAACGCAGCUCACAGGGCGGAGCCGUUCUCUUUGCUCCCCCAAUCGGUGCCGAAUCAUCGGUGUAGCCAUUUGAUAUACGUCGCUGCCACUUUGGACCCGGAGGAGUUGGUCGUCGUCUCGAGAGAUCGCGAAUACGACGAGAUCAAGGGUGGAUACAAAGCGAUAACGGGACACCGAUCGAGAGACCCGGCGCUGCGCGUGCUCGUCUCGAUCACCGCCCCGAAUCGGGGGAACCUGUUCACCAAGCUGACCGAGAAACGAUGCACCCUUCACUGCGAGAGAUUCGGGAGAUCGGUCGUGAGUUUCCUCCAGGCGCACGACUUCGACGGCGUGGAGAUCGACUGGGACGGGCCACCGGAUCGUUCGUACGAUUUGAAACUUCUUCUGGGUACGAUCAGGAAGCAUUUCGCCGAUCGGGAGUAUAUCCUCGCGGUGGUGCAGAAGCCGGACGACCCGGUGGAUCAAGAGAUCGCCUCUGUGGCCGAUUUGGUUACUCUGAGAGCCUGGAGAGACAGCCCCGCGUUCAGGCGGGAGAAAUUCGCCCUUCAUCCGGCGCCGUUGAACUACGUUGCCCGAGUGACGAACAAAUGGGCCGAUCGAGUCCCGAUGGAACACCGGUCGAGGAUCGUCCUCGGUUUGCCCGUGUUCGGUCAGGGAUACACUUUGAAAUUCGGCAACCUUACGGACGCUGGUGCGCCUGUCGUUGGGCCGGCGACUGACGAGCAGAACAGCGGGACAAUGGCGUAUUACGAGGUGUGUGAGAAACUGGAAGACGGACUGUGGACAUCCGGGAGAGACGAGGAAGGACCGUACAUAAAACGCGGCGACCAAUGGGUCGGCUACGAGGAUCCGUUGUCGGUGAAAAUCAAAGUGGCCUACGUUCGAUCGAUCAGGCUUGGCGGAGUUUCUUUGUGGUCGCUCGAUUUGGACGACUUCCAAGGUGUUUGCGGCAAUUCGUGGCCCAUGUUGAACGCUGCCACCGAGUCGAUAGGCUUGUUCGAUGAGACAGAACUGAGAGAAUGUUCCGCCGAUGGUCUCUCCAGUGAUCCGGAUGAUUGCUCCGGAUUUUAUUCUUGUCACAAUGGAGUGCAGUAUCGAGGUGAGUGCGGGCCAGGAAGAUCCUUCGACUUGGCCAGCGGCCGUUGCACAAAAACGGACCAGCACGCUUGUAGACAAGGGCAGCUGGAUAGGAUUCAAGAGAAUCGUUAUCAGACAGAGGAGAUGAGGGAAACGCAGGAGUCACAAAGUUUGGAGAUCUCCUCGGUGGAGGGGCCUCGCGUAGUUUGUUACGUGACCUCGUGGUCGCUUUACCGCAAGGGUGAUGGACUGUUCGCCCCGGAACGACUCGACUCGCGCCUCUGCACCGACGUGAUCUACGCAUUCGCUGGAUUGAAUCCGGACACGUUACUCGUUCAACCGUUAGAUCCUUGGAUCGACAUAGAGCACAAUUUGUACGAACGAGUGACAAACGUGAAGGGAUCAAGAGUAUUGUUGGCCGUCGGAGGGUGGACAGACAGCACCGGUGACAAGUACUCCCGUCUGGCAAGCAGCAGCGUCGCUCGUCGAAAGUUCGUCGCGGCCACGAUCAGCUUCUUGAAGAAGCACAACUUCAACGGCCUGUCCUUCGAGUGGAACUACCCGAAAUGCUGGCAAAGCAACUGCAGAAAGGGUCCCGACUCUGACAAGCCGAACUUCACCAAGUUGAUCGAGGAGCUGAGAAAAGGGUUCGAGCAGGAGGAGCCGAGGCUCACGUUGGCCGUGGCGUUUUCAGGUUACAAGGAAGUGAUCGACAGAGCCUACGAGAUCCGCGAGCUCUCGAGAAUGGUCGAUUUCGUGUCGGUUAUGACGUAUGAUUAUCAUGGUGCUUGGGAGUCGAAAACGGGGCAUUUGUCGCCCCUGUUCGGGAACAUUGGAGAUACUAAUCCGUAUUACAACGUCAACUCCACGAUGGAGUACUUGGUAAAGCUUGGUGCGGACAAAUCGAAACUCUUGGUAGGCAUACCUCUGUACGGACAGGCUUAUCGAUUGUCUAGUGAGAAUCUGACGAGUCUUGGGGAUCCUGCCACAGGACCUGGAACUCCUGGAGAGUUCACCAAACAGCCUGGGAUGCUAGCCUAUUACGAGAUCUGCGACAGAAUCAAAAAUAAAGGCUGGAAGAGGGGAUUAGGGCCAAGUGCUUAUCGAAGGUAUCAGUGGGUAGGCUACGACGAUCAAGAGAGUGUUUUCGUCAAGGGAGAAUACAUUUUAAAAAGCGGCUACGGGGGCGCAACGCUGUGGACGGUGGAUCUGGACGAUUUCUUGAAUCGCUGCUGUGAAGAAUCAUUCCCGUUAUUGAAGAGCAUCAAUCGUGCACUGGGUCGUUUAAAGAGCAAAGCUUCUGAAGGAUGUCAACGGCCAGCGGAACCAGUUACACCACAACCUCCAACGCUGACCACUCACAGCGACGCCGUCGGAGACACUCCUCGACCGACGACACCAAUGACAAAACCAACCACUUGGCCAACGUGGUCUGAGAAGCCGAGCACACAUCAUCAUCACACAACAACUACUUGGCCUACUUGGACCUGGAAGCCAAGCAAACAGCCAGAGUCAACAACCAAGAGCAGCACCACGCUCUCGUGGACUCAAUCGACCAACACUGUCUCCUCGACGUGGAGUUCGACCAAAGCACCAGAGGAGCUAACAACAGCCGCGCAAGACGCCGAGUCCUCGAAACCGGAACAGCCAUGCACGAUAGGAGAAUACUCGCCAGACCCUGAAAGCUGUAGCAACUACUUUAGAUGCGUGCUUGGCGAAUUUCAGCGCGAACAAUGCGCGCCAGGAUUGCACUGGGACGCGAGGCGAGGCAUUUGCGACUGGCCAGCUGCCGCGAAAUGUCAAACAGAGACAGGUUCUGUUACUCAGAAACCAUCAUGGACCACCGUGAGAACCACCACUACGAGGAGGCCAACCACCACGUUGCUGAUGUCUUCUUCGAAACCUACUACCCAAAAACCGAUCGUCGUGGGAGGCUCCAAUGGAAUGCCACCGAAACAUUGCGUACACGGCGAGUAUUACCCGGAUUCCUGCACUAGUUUCCACAUCUGCGUGAACGGGAAUUUGAUUUCUCGGCAAUGUGGACCAGGAUUGAACUGGAACAGGGAGAAGGGCAUGUGCGACUGGGCCUUCAAAAAUCCUUGCAUCGAGAAACCGAAGAAAACAGCGUCGUUGAUCGCUAAGUUGACUCCAUGCACGCCUGACAGCUACACCAGCGUUCCAGGGGAUUGUGAAAGUUUCCAGGCGUGUUUAUGGGGCCGUUACGAGGUGUUCCACUGCGCACCGGGACUACACUUCAACGAAAGAACGCGAAUAUGCGAUUGGCCAGCUAGGGCCAACUGUCAGGAUAAUUCUGUAUCAACGGACAAUCAGGAUUCAAGCAUACCUGGCAACAAGCCAGCUGAUCAUCCAACGAGCACCGAAAAGGCAUGGGAAGCGAGCACCACUCAAGCUACCACCACCACGUCGCCAGCCAUGAUAGAUCCUGAUCAACCUUCUCCGUUGUCUGGUUAUUACAAAAUUGUCUGCUACUUCACGAAUUGGGCCUGGUACCGAAGGGGCGUCGGUCGUUAUCUUCCUGAAAAUAUCGAUCACACCCUCUGCACCCACAUUGUCUAUGGAUUUGCUGUUUUGGAUUACUCGGAUCUGAUCAUCAAGGCUCACGAUUCCUGGGCUGAUUACGACAAUCAUUUCUACGAGCGCGUAGUCGCGUACAAGAAACGUGGACUGAAAGUGUCCCUUGCUCUGGGAGGCUGGAACGAUUCAGCUGGAGAUAAGUACAGCCGUCUAGUGAAUAAUCCUGCUGCCAGGAAGAGGUUCAUCCAACAGGCAAUUCAAUUCCUGGAAAAAUACGAUUUCGACGGGCUUGAUUUGGAUUGGGAGUACCCGGUUUGCUGGCAAGUUGACUGCAACAAAGGUCCAUCGUCGGAUAAACAAGGCUUUGCAGAUCUGUUGAAAGAGUUGAGCGACGAAUUGAGACCUAGGGGAUUGUUGCUCAGUUCGGCUGUCUCGCCAAGCAAGCAAGUAAUCGACAAAGGCUACGACGUUCCAGCGCUCGCCAAAUAUUUGGACUGGAUUGCAGUCAUGACUUACGAUUUCCAUGGCCAGUGGGACAAGAAGACUGGUCACGUAGCGCCGCUCUACUACCAUCCAGACGACGAUUAUUAUUACUUCAACGCGAACUAUUCUAUCAAUUACUGGAUCGCCAAGGGAGCACCUCGCAGAAAAAUCGUUAUGGGAAUGCCACUGUACGGACAGUCGUUUUCCAUAAACGAUCGCAGCGCUGGUACAGGGUUAAACGUGCCAGCCAGUGCUGGACAAGCAGGAGAGUUUACUCGAGCUGCCGGAUUCUUAUCCUAUUACGAGAUCUGCGACAGAAUUCGGAACCACGGAUGGAACGUCGUUCAAGAUCCGGAGCACAGAAUGGGCCCUUACGCGUACAAAGGUACCCAGUGGGUGAGCUUCGACGACGUAGACAUGAUCCGACGUAAGGCCGAAUAUGUUAGGGACAUGGGCCUCGGCGGUGGAAUGGUGUGGGCGUUGGAUCUCGACGAUUUCCGGGGACGAUGCAGCGAAGGGCCACAUCCACUGAUGCACACUCUUCAGAAAGUACUAGCUGAUCCUCCAAGCAAAGAUGAAGAGUGUGAGAAACCACCAGUUACGAUAGACGAUUUGGAUCAAGGACCAAUGGCACCGACUGUAACACCCACCACUGUUCAAACACCUUCAGCAUCAUCAACAUCGACAGACCAAUCCCAGACCAAACCUGACAGUAGAUUCAAAAUGAUCUGCUACUUUACAAAUUGGGCCUGGUACCGUCAAGAAGGAGGGAAGUUCUUACCAGAAGACAUAGACACUGAUUUAUGUACCCACGUUCUCUAUGGUUUCGCAGUGCUUGAUGGAUCGCAGCUAACGAUCAAAUCGCACGACUCGUGGGCCGAUAUAGACAACAAGUUCUACGAAAGGGUCGCUGCUCUAAAGUCAAAGGGCAUAAAGGUGUUAAUGGCCAUCGGAGGGUGGAACGACUCAGCGGGUGAUAAAUAUAGUCGUUUGGUGAACUCGCCGUCGGCUCGACUAAGAUUCAUCGAGAACGUGAUCCAAUUCAUCGAGAAGUACGGGUUUGAAGGCUUGGAUUUAGACUGGGAGUAUCCGGUAUGCUGGCAGGUCGAUUGUAAGAAAGGUCCAGUUUCGGACAAAGAGGGCUUCGCCAGUUUGGUGAAGGAAUUGAGCGAACGGUUCAGACCGAGGGGCUUCCUGUUAUCCGCCGCGGUUUCCCCGAGCAAACGAGUCGUUGACGCCGGCUACGACGUACCAAUUUUGGCAGAAUAUCUGGACUGGAUAUCUGUAAUGACGUAUGAUUAUCACGGUCAAUGGGACAAAAAGACCGGCCACGUAGCGCCCCUCUAUUCAUUACCUAAUGACUGGGAGCCGACCUUUAACGUGAACUUCACGAUUCACUAUUGGAUGGAGAAAGGCGCUCCGGCAGAGAAGCUUGUAAUGGGGGCACCUCUGUACGGUCAAUCCUUCUCUUUGGCGGAGAGAAGUCAGAGAGGAUUAAACGCGCCAACUUACGGUGGCGGUGAGGCCGGCGAAGCAACAAGAGCCAGAGGUUUCCUGUCUUACUACGAGAUAUGCGAGAGGACAUUGAAGAAGGGUUGGACUGUGGUCCAAGAUAAAGAACGACGUAUCGGUCCAUACGCGUACAAGGGCGAUCAGUGGGUCAGCUUCGAUGAUGCCAGACAGAUUAAACUGAAGGCAGAAUUAAUAAGGGACCUUGGCUUGGGCGGCGGCAUGGUGUGGGCCCUCGACCUGGACGAUUUCAAAAACAGAUGCGGCUGCGAGCCUAGCCCGCUUCUGAGAACCAUGAACAGAGUUCUAAGAAACUAUCCCAAAGGCCCGUUGUGUCCAGUAACGAAUGAAUUUAUAACGAUCGACGUUGGAGAAUCUACUGUGGAGUCUACAACUAGCGAACGACCAAGCUGGGAACCGACUACAUCCUCUAGGCCAACGUACUUACCACCGGCGUCUACAACCGGUGAUCCAGAUUUUGACAUCGACGAUACCAUCGAAAUAGAAGCCGAGCCGCCAGCGACCGGUUCGUCGGACGACUGCGGCAAUCGCAUAUUCGUUCCUCAUAAGAAAGACUGCUCCAAGUACUUCUUGUGCAAUUUUGGCAAGCUCACCGAACACUCUUGCCCUCCUGGUCUUUAUUGGAACGAGAAUCGUUGCGAUUGGCCGGAAAACACCAAGUGCGAAGAUUCUCUGCGACAAUCGAACGAACUACUGCCAUUGAUCACCGACCAGGAACCGAGCAAGAAGAAAAUGAUUUGUUACGUGAUGAAAUGGGCGCAAAAGCGGCCAGGGAUUGGACAGUUUCUACCGGAAGACAUUGACGUAGAUCUGUGCACCCAUGUAGUUUUUGGUCUUGCCAAGUUGGAUCCGGAACGUCUGACCAUACAAAGCCCACCCGGCAUCAGACGGAAGGAUCUCGUUAAUAAAAUAGUAGACAUCAAAAGCAGAACUGAACUGAAGGUUCUGCUCGGUUUGGGUGGCUGGGACGAGUCUAAGGAUAACAAGUACAGCGAAUUGGCGCACAGUUCCGUGGAACGGCGAAGAUUCGCUCGUCAUGCUUCUCUUUACGUGCAAAAUUACGGAUUCGACGGCCUUGAUUUCCUCUGGGAAUAUCCGGUGUGCUCGCAGGUUGACUGCAAUCGUGGGUCAACAAGUGACAGAGACGCUUUCGCAGCGCUGCUGAAAGAGCUGAGCGCGGCAUUCAAGCCCAAAGGAUUGCUCAUCUCCGCCGGUGUUUCGGCCAGUAAAGAGGUCGUCGACGUAGCUUACGAUGUUCCAGCGUUAAUCAAACACCUCGAUUGGAUCAACGUUAUGAGUUACGACUAUCACGGUUAUUGGGAAGGCAGGACAGGUCACGUAGCGCCGCUUUAUCGCGGCUCGGACGAGCAGAUCGAGCACAUGAACGCGAACUUCUCGUUGAUCCAUUGGCUGGAGAAAGGCGUGCCGUCGAACAAACUGAUAAUGGGCGUACCGGCGUACGGGCAGAGCUUCACGUUGUCGGAAAAAUCGCGGAGAGAGAUAACACCGGGUCUGAACGCGAAAGUUUCCGGACCGGGACGUCCGGGAGACUUCACCAAGUCAACAGGCAUGCUUGCAUACUACGAGAUAUGCGACAACGUGAGAAACAGAGGCUGGUCCGCGAUCAAGGAUCCAAAGAACCUGACCGGGCCGUACGCCACAAGUGGUGAUCAAUGGGUCAGCUACGAGGAUGUAUCCAGCGUAAUGCAAAAGGCGGAAUUCAUAAGAGAUCUGAAUCUUGGCGGCGCUGCGUUGUGGUCCUUGGAUCUAGACGACUUCAGAAAUCUGUGCGGCUGUGGAAGAUAUCCUCUGACGACGGCGCUCAGCCAAGGGCUGAAAGGAGAACGAAAUCUGCGGAUGGACUGUACUUGAGACGCGCGUACCUUGGACAAACACGGGAAUGAUUCACGGAUGACAAUUCACUGACGUUGCGUUCCACUUUCACGGAUGUCGAUGAAUCUUGGAUCGCCCCGUAUCGGCCAGCAAAUAAUAGACAUACUGGGAAACAUUUACCAGACGUAACGUGCCUCAGGAAGAAUGUGCUACUGAUCAGAAAAGGAACAGGAGGAGAACCUUGGCGGCUCAAUCGCGUUUCAAUCGCCUCGCGUUAUUAAAUUCAUCUGUGGAUGAAAGUAUUCCAGCUGAAACAAAAAUUUUUUUUUUACGAAGCAUUAUCGAUGUAACAGGGCAUUACAUACGAUGGAUCGGGAGAUAUCGUACAAUAACCCGAUUCAUCAGCGG